GUGUGACUCUUGAGUCAGACUCUUGCCUUGACCCAGGAAUUCCUGUGAAUGGCCAUCGUCAUGGCAGUAAUUUUGGCAUUAGAUCUACAGUGACCUUCAGCUGUGACCCAGGAUACACACUGAGUGAUGACGAACCACUUAUCUGUGAGAGGAAUCAUCAGUGGAACCAUGCACUGCCCAGCUGUGAUGCUCUAUGUGGAGGAUACAUUCAUGGGACAAGUGGAACAGUUCUUUCUCCUGGAUUUCCAGAUUUUUAUCCAAACUCUCUAAACUGUACAUGGACUAUUGAAGUGUCUCAUGGAAAGGGAGUUCAGAUGAUCUUUCAUACUUUUCACCUUGAGAGUUCCCACGACUAUUUACUGAUCACAGAAGACGGAAGCUUCUCUGAACCCGUGGCCCGGCUCACUGGCUCGGUGUUGCCUCAUACCAUUAAGGCAGGAUUGUUUGGAAACUUCACGGCCCAACUUCGCUUUAUAUCAGACUUUUCAAUUUCCUAUGAGGGCUUCAAUAUCACAUUUUCAGAAUAUGACCUGGAGCCAUGUGACGAUCCUGGAGUCCCUGCCUUCAGUCGAAGGAUUGGUUUUCACUUUGGAGUCGGAGAUUCACUGACUUUUUCCUGCUUCCCUGGAUAUCGCUUAGAAGGUGCAACCAAGCUUACGUGCCUGGGUGGGGGCCGCCGCGUGUGGAGCGCACCUCUGCCAAGGUGUGUGGCUGAAUGUGGAGCAAGUGUCAAAGGAAAUGAAGGAACAUUACUGUCUCCAAAUUUCCCAUCAAAUUAUGAUAAUAACCAUGAGUGUAUCUAUAAAAUAGAAACAGAAGCUGGCAAGGGGAUCCAUCUCAGAGCACGAAGUUUUCAGCUAUUUGAAGGAGACAUUCUAAAGGUAUAUGAUGGAAAAGACAGUUCAUCACGUCCAUUGGGAGCCUUCACAAAAAAUGAGCUCUUGGGGCUGAUCCUAAACAGCACUUCCAAUCACCUGUGGCUAGAAUUCAACACCAAUGGAUCUGACACAGAUCAGGGUUUUCAACUCACCUACACAAGUUUCGAUCUAGUCAAGUGUGAGGAUCCAGGCAUCCCUAACUAUGGCUACAGAAUUCGUGAUGAGGGCCACUUCACGGACACUGUAGUUCUGUACAGCUGUAACCCAGGCUACGCCAUGCACGGCAGCAACACCCUGACAUGUCUGAGUGGGGACCGCAGAGUGUGGGAUAAGCCACUGCCUUCUUGUAUUGCUGAAUGUGGAGGUCGGAUCCACGCUGCCACGUCAGGACGCAUACUGUCCCCCGGCUACCCUGCUCCUUAUGACAACAAUCUCCACUGCACUUGGAUUAUAGAGGCUGACCCAGGAAAGACUAUCAGCCUUCAUUUCAUUGUCUUUGACACUGAGAUGGCUCAUGACAUCCUCAAGGUCUGGGAUGGUCCGGUGGACAGCAACAUCCUCCUGAAGGAGUGGAGUGGCUCCGCCCUCCCUGAGGAUAUCCACAGCACCUUCAACUCCCUCACCCUGCAGUUCGACAGCGACUUCUUCAUCAGCAAGUCUGGCUUCUCCAUCCAGUUCUCAACAUCAAUUGCAUCCACCUGCAAUGAUCCAGGUAUGCCUCAGAAUGGUACCCGCUACGGAGACAGCAGGGAGGCUGGAGACACCAUCACAUUCCAGUGUGACCCUGGCUAUCAACUGCAAGGACAAGCCAAAAUCACCUGUGUGCAACUGAAUAACCGAUUCUUUUGGCAACCAGAUCCUCCUACAUGCAUAGCUGCAUGUGGAGGGAAUUUGACUGGCCCUGCUGGUGUCAUUUUAUCCCCCAACUACCCACAGCCGUAUCCUCCUGGGAAAGACUGUGACUGGAGAAUCAAAGUGAACCAGGACUUUGUCAUCGCCUUGAUAUUCAAAAGUUUCAAUAUGGAGCCAAGCUAUGAUUUCCUACACAUCUAUGAAGGAGAGGAUUCCAACAGCCCUCUGAUUGGAAGUUUCCAGGGAUCUCAAGCCCCAGAAAGAAUAGAGAGUAGUGGAAAUAGUCUUUUUCUGGCUUUUCGGAGUGAUGCCUCUGUGGGCUUGUCAGGGUUCGCCAUUGAAUUUAAAGAAAAACCUCGGGAAGCCUGUUUUGACCCUGGAAACAUAAUGAAUGGGACAAGAAUUGGCACUGACUUUAAACUUGGCUCAACCGUUACUUACCAGUGCGACUCAGGCUACAAGAUUGUCGACCCCUCGUCCAUCACGUGUGUCAUUGGAGCUGAUGGAAAACCCUCUUGGAACCGCGUGUUGCCCUCCUGCAACGCUCCCUGUGGAGGCCAGUACACGGGAUCGGAAGGGGUAGUUUUAUCUCCAAACUACCCUCAUAAUUACACAGCUGGCCAGAUAUGUCUCUAUUCGAUAACUGUGCCAAAGGAAUUUGUGGUGUUUGGGCAGUUUGCCUAUUUCCAGACGGCACUCAAUGACUUGGCAGAGUUAUUUGAUGGCACCCAUCCGCAGGCCAGACUUCUCAGCUCGCUCUCCGGGUCUCAUUCAGGUGAAACAUUGCCUUUGGCUACAUCAAAUCAAAUUCUGCUCCGAUUCAGUGCAAAGAGUGGUGCAUCUGCUAGGGGCUUUCACUUCGUUUAUCAAGCUGUUCCUCGUACCAGUGACACCCAGUGCAGUUCUGUCCCCGAGCCCAGAUACGGAAGGAGAAUUGGUUCUGAGUUUUCUGCAGGCUCAAUUGUGCGAUUUGAGUGUAACCCCGGAUACCUGCUCCAGGGUUCCACAGCUAUCCGCUGCCAGUCUGUGCCUAAUGCUUUAGCUCAGUGGAACGACACAAUCCCAAGCUGCAUAGUCCCCUGCAGUGGCAAUUUCACUCAGAGGAGAGGUACAAUUCUGUCCCCUGGCUACCCUGAACCAUAUGGUAACAACCUCAAUUGUAUAUGGAAGAUCAUAGUUACAGAGGGGUCAGGGAUCCAGAUUCAAGUGAUCAGUUUCGCCACGGAGCAGAACUGGGACUCCCUUGAGAUCCACGAUGGUGGGGACGUGACGGCACCUAGACUGGGGAGUUUCUCGGGUACCACAGUGCCAGCCUUGCUGAACAGCACUUCCAACCAACUGUACUUGCAUUUCCAAUCCGAUAUUAGUGUGGCAGCUGCUGGUUUUCACCUGGAAUACAAAACUGUGGGUCUUGCUGCAUGCCAAGAGCCAGUCCUGCCCAGUAAUGGCAUCAAACUGGGAGAUCGCUACAUGGUAAACGACGUGCUCUCCUUUCAGUGCGAGCCUGGCUACACCUUGCAGGGCCGUUCCCACAUUUCUUGCAUGCCAGGAACUGUUCGGCGUUGGAACUUCCCAUCUCCCCUCUGCAUUGCAACCUGCGGAGGGGCGCUGAGCAACAUGGGAGGAGUGAUCUUGAGCCCGGGUUUUCCAGGUUCCUAUCCCAACAACUUGGACUGCACCUGGAAGAUCUCCUUGCCCAUUGGCUAUGGUGCACAUAUUCAGUUUCUGAAUUUUUCUACUGAAGCUAAUCAUGACUACCUUGAAAUUCAGAAUGGUCCCUACCACACCAGCCCCAUGAUUGGACAGUUUAGUGGCACGGAUCUACCUUCAGCAUUGCUGAGUACGACACACGAGACACUCAUCCACUUUUACAGUGACCAUUCCCAAAACCGGCAAGGAUUUAAACUUGCUUACCAAGCCUAUGAAUUACAGAACUGCCCAGAUCCACCUCCGUUUCAGAAUGGGUAUAUGAUGAACUCGGAUUACAGUGUGGGACAAUCCAUCUCUUUUGAAUGUUAUCCUGGAUACAUUUUAAUAGGCCAUCCUGUCCUCACCUGUGAGCAUGGGAUCAACAGAAACUGGAACUACCCUUUUCCAAGAUGUGACGCUCCCUGUGGAUAUAAUGUAACGUCUCAGAAUGGAACCAUUUAUUCCCCUGGAUUUCCAGAUGAGUAUCCGAUUUUGAAGGAUUGCAUUUGGCUCAUCACGGUGCCCCCGGGACAUGGAGUUUACAUCAACUUCACUUUGUUACAGACAGAAGCUGUUAAUGAUUACAUUGCUGUUUGGGAUGGUCCUGAUCAGAAUUCUCCUCAGCUAGGAGUUUUCAGCGGAAACACAGCUCUGGAAACAGCAUAUAGUUCUACCAACCAAGUCCUGCUCAAGUUCCACAGUGAUUUUUCAAAUGGUGGCUUCUUUGUCCUCAAUUUUCACGCCUUUCAGCUCAAGAAAUGUCAGCCUCCCCCAGCAGUUCCACAGGCAGACAUGCUUACUGAAGAUGAGGAUUUUGAAAUAGGAGAUUUUGUGAAGUACCAGUGCCACCCCGGAUACACGUUGUUGGGGACUGACACGCUGACCUGUAAGCUCAGUUCCCAGUUGCAGUUUGAAGGAUCUCUCCCAACAUGUGAAGCACAAUGCCCAGCAAAUGAAGUUCGGACAGAAUCAUCUGGAGUAAUCCUCAGCCCAGGAUAUCCAGGCAACUAUUUUAACUCCCAGACAUGCUCCUGGAGUAUUAGAGUGGAACCAAACUAUAACAUCACCAUCUUUGUAGACACAUUUCAAAGUGAAAAGCAAUUUGAUGCACUGGAAGUAUUUGACGGUCCCUCUGGGCAAAGUCCUCUGUUAGUCGUCUUAAGUGGGAACCAUACGGAACAAUCCAAUUAUACAAGCAGGAGUAAUCAUUUAUAUCUCCGCUGGUCCACUGAUCAUGCAACAAGUAAAAAAGGAUUCAAGAUUCGUUAUGCAGCACCUUACUGCAGCUUGACCCAGCCCCUGAAAAAUGGUGGGAUUUUAAAUAGAACUGCAGGAACAGUCGGAAGUAAAGUGCAUUAUUUUUGCAAGUCCGGGUAUCGAAUGAUCGGCCACAGCAAUGCCACGUGUACACGAAACCCAGUUGGCAUGUACCAGUGGGAUUCUCUCACACCACUCUGCCAGGCUGUGUCCUGUGGAAUACCAGAAUCACCAGGAAAUGGUUCCUUCGUGGGUAAUGAGUUCACUCUGGACAGUAAAGUGACCUAUGAAUGUAAUGAGGGCUUUAAGCUCGAAGCCAGUCAACAAGCAACAGCAGUGUGUCAGGAAGAUGGAUUAUGGAGUAACAAAGGCAGGCCACCGGCCUGUAAACCGGUACCUUGCCCUAGCAUUGAAGCUCAGCUCACAGAACAUGUUAUAUGGAGACUAGUUUCGGGAUCACUGAAUGAAUAUGGAGCUCAAGUAUUGCUCAGCUGCAGCCCUGGUUAUUAUUUAGAGGGCCGAAGACUGGUUCAAUGCCAAGCUAAUGGAACAUGGAGCAUAGAAGAAGAGCUACCAAGUUGUCAAGUUAUCUCAUGUGGAAGUCUAUCCUUUCCUCCAAAUGGUAACAAGAUUGGAACGCUGACAGUUUAUGGUGCCACAGCCAUAUUUACGUGCAACACGGGCUACACGCUUGUGGGUUCUCACGUCAGAGAGUGCUUGGCCAAUGGACUCUGGAGUGGUACCGAAACGCGAUGUCUAGCUGGUCAUUGUGGUUCUCCAGACCCAAUUGUGAAUGGCCAUAUUAGUGGAGAUGGCUUCAGUUACAGGGACACUGUGGUUUAUCAGUGUAAUCCUGGUUUCCGGCUUGUUGGAACUUCUGUUCGCAUAUGUUUGCAAGACCACAAAUGGUCUGGACAGACCCCUGUUUGUGUCCCUAUCACAUGUGGUCACCCUGGGAACCCUGCGCAUGGAUUUACUAAUGGCAGUGAGUUCAACCUGAACGACGUCGUGAAUUUCACCUGCAACACGGGCUAUUUGCUACAGGGUGCCUCUCGAGCCCAGUGCAGGAGCAACGGCCAAUGGAGUAGCCCUUUGCCCACCUGUCGAGUGGUGAACUGUUCAGAUCCAGGGUUCGUGGAAAAUGCCAUUCGUCCUGGCCAGCAGAAUCUCCCCGAGAGUUUUGAGUACGGAAUGAGUGUCCUGUAUCACUGCAAGAAAGGCUUUUACUUGUUGGGAUCUUCAGCCUUAACCUGUAUGGCGAAUGGCUUAUGGGAUCGUUCCUUGCCCAAGUGUUUGGUUAUAUCAUGCGGGCAUCCAGGGGUUCCUGCCAAUGCUAUCCUGACUGGAGAACUGUUUACCUAUGGGGCCAUAGUUCACUACUCGUGCAAAGGGAGCCGGACUCUUAUAGGCAAUAGCACCAGAGUUUGCCAAGAAGACAGUCACUGGAGUGGAACGCUACCCCAUUGUACAGGAAACAACCCUGGAUUUUGUGGUGAUCCAGGGACCCCAGCACAUGGGUCUCGCCUUGGUGAUGAAUUUAAGACAAAGAGCCUUCUCCGCUUCUCUUGUGAGAUGGGCCACCAGCUGAGGGGCUCUGCUGAGAGAACAUGUCUGCUCAAUGGGUCAUGGUCGGGACUGCAGCCUGUGUGUGAGGCUGUGUCCUGUGGGAAUCCUGGUACCCCUACCAAUGGCAUGAUCGUCAGUAGUGAUGGCAUACUCUUCUCCAGCUCGGUCAUCUAUGCUUGCUGGGAAGGCUAUAAGACCUCAGGGCUAAUGACUCGACACUGCACAGCUAAUGGGACCUGGACAGGCACAGCUCCUGACUGCACAAUUAUAAGUUGUGGAGAUCCAGGUACACUGGCGAAUGGCAUCCAGUUUGGGACUGAUUUCACCUUCAACAAGACUGUGAGCUAUCAGUGUAACCCGGGCUAUCUGAUGGAGCCUGUCACAUCAUCAACUAUCCAUUGUACCAAAGAUGGGACAUGGAAUCAGAGCAAACCUCUGUGCAAAGCUGUCCUGUGCAGCCAGCCUCCUCCCGUGCAGAACGGAAAAGUAGAGGGAGAUGAUUUUCACUGGGGCUCCAGUAUAAGCUACAGCUGCAUGAGCGGUUACCAGCUUUCUCAUUCCGCCAUCCUUUCCUGUGAAGGUCAUGGGGUGUGGAAAGGAGAAGUGCCCCAAUGCCUGCCUGUGUUCUGUGGAGACCCUGGAACCCCUGCUGAGGGACGACUUAGUGGGAAAACUUUCACCUAUAAGUCUGAAGUCUUCUUUCAGUGCAAAUCUCCCUUCAUACUAGUGGGAUCUUCCAGAAGAAUCUGCCAGGCUGAUGGUACAUGGAGUGGUAUACAACCCACCUGCAUUGAUCCUGCUCAUAAUACCUGUCCAGACCCUGGUACCCCCCACUUUGGAAUACAAAAUAGUUCUAGAGGAUAUGAGGUUGGAAGCACGGUCUUUUUCAGGUGCAGGAAAGGUUACCAUAUUCAAGGUUCUACUACGCGAACGUGCCUUGCGAAUUUAACGUGGAGCGGGAUACAGACCGAGUGUAUACCUCACGCCUGCAGACAGCCAGAAACCCCAGCGCAUGCAGAUGUGAGAGCAAUCGAUCUUCCGACUUUUGGCUAUACUUUGGUGUACACCUGCCAUCCAGGAUUUUUCCUUGCAGGUGGAUCUGAGCACAGGACAUGUAAAGCGGAUAUGAAAUGGACAGGAAAGUCACCUGUAUGUAAAAGUAAAGGAGUGAGAGAAGUUAAUGAAACAGUUACUAAAACUCCAGUUCCUUCAGAUGUAUUUUUUAUCAAUUCAGUGUGGAAGGGAUAUUAUGAAUAUUUAGGAAAAAGGCAACCCGCAACUCUAACUGUUAACUGGUUCAAUGCAACAAGCAGUAAGGUGAAUGCAACCUUUACUGAAGCUUCUCAAGUGGAACUGAAAUUGACAGGCGUUUACAAGAAGGAGGAAGCCCACUUACUUCUGAAAGCUUUUCAAAUUAAAGGCCCAGUAGAUAUUUUUGUAAGCAAGUUUGAAAAUGACAACUGGGGACUUGAUGGUUAUGUAUCAUCAGGACUUGAAAGAGGAGGAUUUACUUUUCAAGGUGAAAUACAUGGAAAAGACUUUGGAAAAUUCAAGCUAGAGAGGCAAGAUCCCUUAAACUCUGACCAAGAUUCUUCAAAUCAUUACCACGGCACCAGUAGUGGCUCUGUGGCAGCUGCCAUCCUGGUUCCAUUCUUUGCUCUAAUUUUAUCAGGGUUUGCAUUUUACCUCUACAAACACAGAACAAGACCAAAAGUUCAAUAUAAUGGCUAUGCUGGACAUGAAAAUAGCAAUGGACAAGCUUCCUUUGAAAACCCCAUGUAUGAUACAAACUUAAAACCCACAGAAGCAAAGGCUGUGCGGUUUGACACAACUCUGAACACAGUCUGUACAGUGGUAUAGCCCUCAGUGCCCCAAUAGGACUGAUUCAUAGCCAUACCUCCGAUGGACAAGCAGUAAUUCCUUUGGUGCCAUAUACCACGCUCCCUUCUACUUUUUGCUUUGCUGCAGCGACCUUUAACAUCGUCUACUGGCAUCCAUGCAG